CUAAGCCAAGUAAAGCUCAAGUUUGAGUUUGCUGGUCAACUCCGUCUCGUACCGGGAAGACCUUCCGGCCUCCCUUCCUCCGUGCGAGCCACAAAUCCGUGGUCGAGUAAACCUGCGCGAGGCCUGAGAUAUGCCAGCGCCGCAUGUGUUCGCAUUGCCGCAUUCUCGGCUCGAUGACCAGACUCGCCCCGGUGCUACAGUGCGCAGACCACAGCACGCUCGGUCCCGAAGACCUCGUCGGCAGGUCUGCACGGAAGACGAAGGCGUUGAUGACGAUGACGAGGAGGACAACAAGCGUGAUGACAGCGUCGCCACCCUCUCUCCCGCUGCCAAACUGAACAAACUUUCGCGUGAUACCGUAGCAUUCACGUCACUUACUGCUCGGGAGCACGCACAGCUGCGAGCGGCAGGUCUACGACCUGGGCAGGACGUCCCACCAUUUCCAUUUCCUCACAAACGGCUGUCUAAUCGAGGCUAUAUCUUGCGUGACGUAAAGAAGGAACUUGGAGACCUAAAGCCGCCGCUUGCCCAUCUGGAUCGGAACUAUUACGAGCCUCAGCCGUACAAGACCAACAGAGAACGCACCACCUUGCGCGAGCAACAUGUCGCUGUGCUUACCACGUUGCUGCAUCAAACCCUGCAGAAGGGCGACUACAAACGCGCCAGUAGAGCAUGGGCUCUACUCCUUCGCAGCGGCUAUCUUGCCCGUGACACAAGAAACAGGCAAGGCGUUGCUGGCAUGGAUCUUCGCGCCCAUGGCCGAUGGGGUAUCGGUGCAGAGCUGCUUAUGCGAAUCCCCCGACCAGCCACGGAAAACGCAGGCGUUACUACCAAUGCUGGCUCUGACAGCCCGUGUGAUUAUUCUGAGGACGGCUUUCGACUCGCGAGGCAGUACUACGAACGCCUCAUUGUCCAAUACCCACUGAGCAGUGGUCGCAAGGGCGCACAGGCGAACACCUUCUACGCUGCUAUGUUCAGCAUGUGGAUCUAUGAGGUCAAUAGGCGUUACCAUGCCGAUCAGAAUUCUCAAAGAAGAUCCAGUCCACCGAGCACCACAAAUUCGAGUCGACGUCGUAGCGACUCUGGCUCAUCGACACCCACUUCUCAAGCAGAUGGUGAGAGUGAGAGCGUGCUGCUCCACGACGUGGAAUCGAUUGCAAAACGCAUGAACGAGGUCAUCGAAGUGCCGCCAUACGACAAGGAUGCCGAACUUUUGCACAUGCGUGCUAUGGUUGAGCUGUGGAUCGCAGACCUGGCCAACUUUUCUGGCAACAAACGAAUAGAAGCCAUGGCCAAAGCAGCUUCCUUCUUCGCUCGCGCUGAGCAGAAUGGACUUGAAUUGGAGGAAGAAGCGAGGCGAAUAGUGGCGAGCUAUUACAAAGACAAUGAAGAGGAUGAGGAAGUAGUCAUGGAGGCGGAUAAUGACGAAGAUAGGCCACAUUCGGAUUCUUCUCAGUAUUGAAGAAAUGUUGUCUUCACCAAAUACUAUGCCUGUGCCGAUUCUAUUUGCAACUACGGAUUGAGAACAACCAGUUGGCCCAAUUCACCGCCGCGCUUAUGUGCGAGAUCGAACGCUUCCUUCCAUUCUUCCAGGCCGUAUUUUCCGACGACCUUGACGAGGUCUUUGAUAUUCAGGAUUCCGAAAUUCAACAUUUGCAGAAGCGCAAAUAUGUCGUCUCGAGUGUACAUCCACUUUCCUUUCAGAGUGAUGUCAAAUCUCAUAAUAUAACGGUGGGGAACCGGUAAAUCGUCCAACAGUCCACCCAUAAGACUCACCCGUCCACCGUGGCGAAGCGCCAGCAUGGCGGACUUGAAAUGUGUCGACUUCUGUGCAGCCGCUGGAGAGAUGUCAAAGAAUGCGUCGAUACGACCGUGCUUCCUGAGAGCAGCGACUUCGUCCUCAACGUUGCCAGUAAUGGCUACGACAGCCACCUGUUCCGGAUUUAGGCUCUUGACCCUAUCCAGCUUGCUCGUGUUCCUGCCCAUAGCGAUGACUUUCGCACCCAUUGCAAGUGCCACAAUCACAGCUGCACUACCGAAACCACCCGUAGCUGGCGCAAUAAUAACAGUCUCACCCGCCUGUAAGCCAAUGCUUCUCAAGCCGCCGUACGGAACAAUGCCUUGCAAAAUCCAACCUAGCUCGUCGAUCUCAUAACAUAGACCUCCCUGCUCUUUUGGGCCGCAUAGUCGCUUUUCGUCCAAGACGAAACAGUUUUCAAGAGGCACCUUAGCGUACUUUGCAAAAGUCCCAUCCCUCCACUCGCCGUGCAUGAGCUUUCUGCUGCCCUCGGUGCCUCCCUCCGUAAGCCCGAGCAGAAACAAAGCUUCAUUAUCGUCUCGGCCUCUGAUCAAGCAAUCUAUAAACACGAGGUCGCCCUCCUUGAGCUUGACA